GUAACACCAUAAAAACUAUAGUUUCAUCAGAGGGCAGCAGGCAUCAUGGCCCAUAACAGGGGACGGACAGACUGGGGAGAAAUAUGUCUCAGUUUCAGCUUCCAAAGAGGACCAUACAGAGUUUUUAGCAAGCAUUCCUGUUUGGGAUAUGGAGCCCUAAUAAUAGAAGAGAGUAUAGGAAAGUGGCUCUCUGCUUAAGAGAGAACUCUGGCCCAGGAGAUGGUGCCUGGAGGGAGGUAAAGUAAGGGGCUCUUUAAAGGGGAUGUGCCGAGGGUUAGUUGUGAGGGAAAAGGGGAAGACUGCAUUCUGGGGGAGAUGUUGGGAAAGGAAGGAAACUCACUCUGAGGCCUGAGAAGUAACAUUAAAGAGGAAAAAAAGAAGUACUAUUCAGGCCUCAUGCGGAAAAAGAGGCAGACACAGCCGAGACCUCAGAGAAGGCACUGCAUGUAUUCAGAGCACACAUUUUGUAUCAGCCACUUUCAAGAGUAUUAUUUCAUUUAAUCCUCUAUACGAAUCUUACAGGUGAAGAGAUUGUUUUCUGAAAGCUGCGUUGGAGGCUGUGACAGAGCUGAGAGCCUGUGUGGAGCGGAUGGGGAGGCUUUCUCAAUAACAUGGCCCUUUGCCAUUAGCCUUGCCAUGACCACAUUUUUCACCAGCGUCCCCCCCUGGAUUCAAGAUGCAAAGCAGGAGGAGGAAGUGGGCUGGAAACUAGUUCCCAGGCCUCGGGGCCGGGAGGCGGAGAGUCAAGUGAAGUGCCAAUGUGAAAUUUCGGGGACACCUUUCUCAAAUGGGGAGAAGCUGAGGCCUCACGGCCUCCCGCAACCAGAGCAGAGACCAUAUAGCUGCCCUCAGCUGCACUGUGGCAAGGCUUUUGCUUCCAAAUACAAGCUGUAUAGGCACAUGGCCACCCACUCAGCCCAGAAACCCCACCAGUGUAUGUACUGUGAUAAGAUGUUUCACCGCAAGGACCAUCUGCGGAACCAUCUGCAGACCCAUGAUCCUAACAAAGAGGCCCUCCACUGCUCUGAGUGCGGUAAGAAUUACAAUACGAAGCUGGGCUACCGGCGCCACCUGGCCAUGCAUGCUGCCAGCAGCGGUGACCUCAGCUGCAAGGUGUGCCUGCAGACCUUUGAGAGUACCCAGGCCCUGCUAGAGCACCUGAAGGCCCACUCACGCCGGGUAGCAGGCGGUGCCAAGGAGAAGAAGCACCCCUGUGACCACUGCGACCGGCGGUUCUAUACUCGUAAGGAUGUACGGCGGCACCUAGUGGUGCACACAGGCCGUAAGGACUUCCUGUGCCAGUACUGUGCCCAGCGGUUUGGCCGUAAGGACCACCUGACGCGUCAUGUCAAGAAGAGCCACUCGCAGGAGCUGCUCAAGAUCAAGACAGAGCCCGUGGACAUGUUAGGCCUACUCAGCUGCAGCUCCACAGUCAGUGUGAAGGAAGAGCUGAGCCCUGUGCUGUGCAUGGCCUCUCGGGACGUAAUGGGGACCAAGGCCUUCCCUGGCAUGUUGCCCAUGGGCAUGUAUGGUGCCCACAUCCCUACCAUGCCCAGCACGGGCGUGCCACACUCCCUGGUGCACAACACGCUGCCCAUGGGUAUGAGCUACCCUCUGGAAUCCUCACCUAUCUCUUCCCCAGCUCAGCUCCCUCCAAAAUACCAGCUUGGAUCUACCUCAUACUUGCCCGACAAAUUGCCCAAAGUGGAGGUGGAUAGUUUUCUGGCGGAGCUUCCUGGAAGCCUGUCUCUCUCAUCCGCUGAACCCCAGCCCGCCUCACCUCAGCCGGCGGCAGCUGCGGCCCUCCUAGAUGAAGCACUGCUUGCCAAGAGCCCCGCCAACCUCUCUGAGGCCCUCUGCGCUGCUAAUGUGGACUUCUCCCACCUACUGGGCUUUCUUCCACUCAACCUGCCCCCAUGUAACCCACCUGGGGCCACAGGAGGCCUGGUCAUGGGCUACUCCCAGGCUGAGGCACAGCCCCUGCUUACCACUUUGCAAGCUCAGCCUCAAGAUUCCCCAGGAGCUGGGGGACCACUGAACUUUGGGCCUCUGCACUCCUUGCCUCCUGUCUUCACGUCUGGCCUGAGUAGCACCACCCUGCCUCGUUUCCACCAAGCAUUCCAGUAGCCCCCACAGAGGCCCUCAGCUCAGUUUUUGGCUCUGUUAGGGAGCCUUAGUACCCACCCCGUCCGUGUCCCCCAUGAAGGCAGCUGAGCUUUCAGAGCUGGGUUCAAAAAAAAAAAAAAUUCCAGUGUCUGUAUACAGGAGCACUUGGUUUGGGGGUUCAGGCUCUAGGAUCGAUUCCAGAAGGAGCCUUGAGCCCCAACCCCGUGAAAAGAUCUCAUACCGUAGGACUUCAGGUAUUAUUUACUUUUAUUUUUUUGACCUGAAUCGGGAGCCACACUUGGCCCUCUUCCUCUCCAAAGCGCCAAAACCUCCUUCUCUUUGGAGAAUGGGGAGGCCUCUUGGAGACACAGAGGGUUUCACCUUGGAUGACCUCUAGAGAAAUUGCCCAAGAAGCCCACCUUCUGGUCCCAACCUGCAGACCCCACAGCAGUCAGUUGGUCAGGCCCUGCUGUAGAAGGUCACUUGGCUCCAUUGCCUGCUUCCAACCAGUGGGCAGGAGAGAAGGCCUUUAUUUCUCGCCCACCCAUUCCUCCUGUACCAGCACCUCCGUUUUCAGUCAGUGUUGUCCAGCAACGGUACCGUUUACACAGUCACCUCAGACACACCAUUUCACCUCCCUUGCCAAGCUGUUAGCCUUAGAGUGAUUGCAGUGAACACUGUUUACACACCGUGAAUCCAUUCCCAUCAGUCCGUUCCAGUUGGCACCAGCCUGAACCAUUUGGUACCUGGUGUUAACUGGAGUCCUGUUUACAAGGCGGAGUCGGGUCUUGCUGACUUCUCUUCAUUUGAGGUCACAUUUUUCCCCCGUGGGGAAAUAAACUGACUUUGGACUGCUUCAGUCUCUGCCAUCUUCCAUGACUGCAUUUGUUCCUGCCUGCCUCGGCGGUAUCCACAGAAGACAGGCAAGAAGAUUGGAGCAGUUUUCUCACAGGUCUGCAAUUCUGUUUUUCUCCAAGUACAUUAUGACCCCCUCAUCCUUCUCUUGAACUGGAGAGGGGAAGAAAUGAAAGGCAUGCCCACGUCCGUCACCUCCCCAUCCCCUAGUCCCCACCUUGAACAUCAUGAGCUGUUGUUAUUAGUCUUGGAAGCAGAGUCUGGGUUGGUGUGGAUAGCAAAGGAGGAAGUCUGAGCCCCUCAUUUGUCUUCCUCCCACCUGUCCCUUUUCCGGGAAGUUGUGGAAUUGUUGGAAGAAGAGUUUGCAGAAAGUUAGGAAUGGGUAGAUAGCUAAGUCCUAAUCUAUGGGUACAUUGUUGUGUCCCAAACCAAAAUUUUCCUUAUCCACAAUGUCCCUUCUGUCUCUUCCACUUUACAGUGGACUCGGCCACUGUGCAUAGGCUUCUCUGCUCUCCAUCAAAUCACUUCCACUUUCCUGUGCCCCGACCCCCGCCUCCAGUUUUCCGCUAAUAUCCGGCAAGGUUUCUUGCAACAAAUGAUUAGUUCUUUUCUUCUGACUCGUGGGGCUCCCUGCUGCAGAGAGCACAGCCCUUGCCCGGAGCCCAGGAACCCCAUCCUUGCUUCAUCUCAGUUCUUCAUGGGCUUCACUCUUCCCACUCAUGGAAGGGAGGUAGCUCAGGGACCUCCACUGUGGGACCCUUGAGACGCUUCCACUCUGAUUCAGAAACACACUUCUACCUCUUUACUGUUAACUCUUAACAGAUGCUGUCAGCAGUUUCUGGGCACUUCUCUCAGUAGGUGCCUCAUGCUGACUUCUCCACUAGGGUUUCAGGACAAACUACCAAGGAAUUGCCUCAGCCUCCUACCAGUCCUCCCUCACCCACCUUCUGUCUAGGUUCACUUGGUUUGUCAUCAGGAACUGAGCAGGUCCAGGACUCAGCUUUCUGCUUCAGCCUAAGCCAGUACUCCUUGUUUGAGGUAAAAGCCUUAAAAUUUAGCUCCCUAGCUCUUGAUUAGAAGCAAUUUGGAGUAAGUGUGUUUUGAUUUAGGCAGGGUAGCUUGGGAUACCUUUUUUUAAAAACCAGAUAUUAAAAUGUCUGGCAAGGUUAGAAUCAGACUAGAUGAUUUGCUUCUAAAAAUUAGUUUCAGUGAGUCCCAGGGACUAAUUAAGGUUUAUUUUAAAAAGUGUCUACCUUGGUACGCAGCCACCUCCUGCAUGCUGUGCAUGUUAUUGGGACUUGUAUUAUAGGCGAUGGUAUGUGAGAAUCCAGUUGGGACUCGCUGUUGCCAUCCUCUUUGUUGUAUCUGGUUUUCAUCACUAGACUCAGCAACCCUUCUCACCUUAACUGCCACCUUCCCUACACUCUCAGUUUACAGAGGCCACUGGGCCUCUGGCUGCAGAAUACAAAGUCCUGGGCUGUUAGAGGAGUCCUUUCCUCUCUGCCUGCCCUUUCCUGUCCCUCCCUCGAAUUCUCUCUCCCCGUAAGUGAUGCUGGAAAAGUCAUAGGACUGGCAAAGCAACUGUUUAAACCCUUUGUAACCGGGGCCUUGCCCCCACCUCCUGUCUUUUGUCCUUGCCUUCCCCACUCCUGUGUCCGCCCAUCUAUCCUGUCUUUCCUUUCCUCCUCUCAGUGUCCUCAGCACCCACAAGGAAUUUUCCUAUCACUGUGAACUUUGCUGGUACAGAGGAAUAAUAUCUGCCUUCACCUUUUUUUUUUUGGACCAUAGCUAGCCAGUCAUUUCUUAAACCUCCCUUCCUAAAAUCUGGGGGGUCGGGGGGAAAGAAAAAAAAAAGCCUUAGUGGCCUGGUUGUUCAAAGGAUAAGAAUAGCUUUAUCCUGCACUCAGUACCCGAACUCACUUCAGUAUGCUUACUGAGGCCAUGAGAACCUGAGGGGCAUCUGCCCAGGACAGGAGCCAUGGCAUAUGACAAAGACCAAUGAGGGACCAGGAAAAAAAGUGGUGAUGUCCCCUUUCCCUGCCACCUCCAGCCUCUGCCAGCAAUGAGCUGUCCCCCUCCCACCCUACACAGUAGCUAGUCAGGGCUGAGUACAGUCCUGGGGGUAAGGGGAUGACAUGCCCAGGUGUCAGCUCAAAGGAUCUCUGCAUCAUCUUGAGGUGGGAGGCAGGGAAAGGAGCGCCAAUGAGGUUCCCUGCAACCCCCGCCCUCCAGCCCACCGCCCAACCUUUUACAAAUGGCAUUUUCUUAAUUGAAAAUCCGGGAAGCAGGUGUGAUUACUUUUUUGCUCGUAGAUAUUGUCCUAAGUUGGAAUUCUCCCACUGCCCUAAAACUUUCCCUAGUAGUCCUUUAAAUUCCCCCCUCCCUUUCUGGUAGCUGUUUUCUCCGUCCUCUCUCCACCUCCCCUCUUAUCUAGGAGCUGUUUGUAAGCACGAUUUUUUUAACAGGUUAUAUUGUACAGGAUCAAUAUUUUGCUUUUUAACAAGGAUAUUUAUGUAAUAAGAAACUUUGCCUUAGGCAGGUGUUGGCCAGAAAAGUCCAGAUUCCUCUGGGAUCCCACCCUGGCCUCUCCUGGAACUCUGAACCUGCUGUGGAAGGAAUUGGCCAUGACCUUCACCUCUGGAGAGUAGGGUCUAUGGCGAGGGAAAAGGGUGUUCACCAUGAUAACCUAGUGCCUCCAUAGAGGGGUUUGGAAAAAUUCCAGUCCGAUUUCUUUGUGUGUCAGCUGACUUCCUUAGCUGAUUGUUCCCACUUGCACCUCUCCACCUUUGGCACUAGAACUCCUGAGACACCACUUCUCAUGCUUCUCCCUCCCUACCAGCGGUCAAGGCUUUGGAGCCACUCUUUUGUAACUCCAGAUUAUUUAAAGAGAAAAGUACAAGACAGAAAUCUUCUAGCACUUUGUAAACACAGUGAAUAACCUCUUGGAGUAUUUUUGGCUUUAUAUAAAACAAGGUUUUUAAUUGUAAAGUAUAAGUGCCAUUAGAAAAUGCACAGGGCAUAUCUUUGUUAAAGUAGAUUUUUCAAUGUUUUACAGAAUUACAUUUUCAAAAAAAGGUUUUUAUAAUGAAGUUGUUUAUUAAAAACUUCUGAAUGAUG